AUGGAGCAUGAGCCGUACGACCCAAGAGAGAACAUGCUAUCACCGCCCCCCAUCCCCAUCACGACGAACGGUCUGGGCAGCUGUGAUGCGAAUGUGUUUAAUAAAACAAAUGUCCCAGGUCCAGAUAACGGCCGACGCCAGGCUCCAGGCUCCGUCUGCGAGCGGCCGCCGGGGGCCUGGGGGCCUGGCGUCGUCUCCCCCGGCCUCCCCCGCGUCUCGCUCCCCGGGGGUCCCCGUUCGGUCCUCCCGCAGCGCGAAGCUCAGAGAGCAGGCGCGGGGCGCGCGGCUGAGGUCGGUGACCUUGCCUCCUCAGGUGCGCCCCAGUGGCCGCGCUGCUGUGAGAACGGCGGCACCUGCGUGCUGGGCAGCUUCUGCGUGUGCCCGGCCCAUUUCACCGGCCGCCACUGUGAGCACGACCAGAGACACAGCGACUGCGGCGCCCUGGGACACGGCGCCUGGACCGUCCGCGGCUGCCGCCUCUGCAGGUGCGUGUUUGGCUCCCUGCACUGCCUCCGCCGCCAGACGCUCGGCCGCUGUGACCUGAAGGACUUUGUCCCUGCACAUGCUGCUGGCCAGAGAGCACAUCUCCUGCUGCUGCUGCUUUGCCUCUUCCUUCAGAGCCUCAUCAGAUGCCUGUGAGGGGACACGGACUCCAUCCCUCCUGGGCGUGACAAGGGCUAGCCCCCUGGCCCCAUGCGGUACGGACUUGUCUUCCCAUCCUGUGUUUUAAAUAACGCCUCUCAUUGGGUGAAGACUUUUAUUGUGUAAUAAACAUGUGCACAAAACCACCUUGCUCUCUUCCCCAAGCCUAUGUCUCGGUCUGUGGGGGACACGUGUAUGACACUUGUGCUGGGCCUGCCCCACCCUGGUGGGCUCCUUUUCUGAUGAUUUUUCAGUGGACAUGAGUGGGCCUGCCAGCCUUAGAGGUAUGGCACCUGCCAGGCAAUAGUCCCUCUCUCACAGCCUCCAGGCAGCAAUGCCCCAUGUCACUUUCCUAUUCUCUGGAAUCAGUAUCCUCAGGGGAGGGACAGGGCCCCAGGCAUGUGACCCCUGAGCUCUGGUUUAAUACACAGCAGUUGCCUGAAAGUGUUGGGAGGUUGGGGCAAGGAGGGCAAGCAGGGAAGGGGCUAAGACCGGAGCAUCUGGCCGCCUGGCACCUGCCUCCUUUACUCCAGGGGCCAUGAGCACCUUCCUGGUGGUCACAGCAUCACCACCAAAGGAGAGAUGUCUGGGGGUCCACAUUGUGGUGCAACGGGUGAAGCUGCCACCUGCUGUGCUGGCCAUCCCGUUCAAGUCCUGGCUGCUCCGCUUCAGAGGAGGCUUCCUGCUAAUGUGCCAGGGAAGGCAGUGGAUGAUGGUGCAAAUGCUUGGGUCCCUGCUACCCUCAUGGGAGACUCACAUAGAACUGCUGGCUCCUGGCUCCUGGCUUCAGCCUGGCCUAACCCUGACUAUUGCAGUCAUUUGGGGAGUGAAUCAGCAGAUUAGAUUUCUCUCUCUCUCCCUCUCUUUGGUUCUCUGUCACUCUGCCUUCAAGUACAUAAAUCAGUCUUUAAUGAAAGAAGACAGGAUGCCUACACAGCUGCGGACACCAUAGGCAGGGAGGGAAUUUAGCCUGACGAAGCCCUAGGUGGGGGUUCCACCAUCUCCUGGCUGCAUGGCUUCCUGUAGCAGGCCACUGCCA